AUGGAAAAUCAGUAUUCAUUAGAUGUUCCAGAAUUUGAAGUGAAAAACUUCAUUACUGAUUGCAAGAACAUAGAAAUAAAGGUUGAUCAACUUUACAAGAAUAAAGAACUCUGGUUGCGGAAAAGCAAAGACAGACUUAGUGACUUGUAUUAUUCUAUGGCUAAAGCUUAUAGAAAAGAAGAUUUUGAUUACAUUAUGUCAAAGGCUGCUAAGAUUGAUCAUAGGAUUAAGGAAUACCUGGAAGAAGCUAGAUAUGAAAAAUGGUCUCGAAGUCACUCACCUAUUAAUAGAGGUAGGAUGAUGACCUCUAGUAUAGCUGAAUGUAUUAAUGGUUUCUUGGUAGAGGUGAGAAAACUUCGUAUUUUAGGAUUUAUUGAAGAAGUUAGAAUUUUAUUUGCGGCAUGGAAUUAUAAAAACAAUGAAAUUGCUUCUUAUACAAAGACAACAUUAGGGAGAAGAUUUGAAGACAUUCUGACUCUUAAUGGUGCGAAGGAUUUACGGAUGACGGUUAAGACAGCCGCAAGUUAUCUUUGUUGUGUAUAUGAAUUCGGAAGGAGGUACGUUGUCGAUAUUGAAUGUGCCACGUGUAAUUGUGGCCGACAUCAAAUUGAUGAAAUUCUCUAUCCACACACAAUUGCUGUAUUGAAGAGUAAAAAUAUAGAAGAUUAUGGUCCUUACUGCUCGAAAUUUUACAGGCCAAACACCAUUGUUAAGACGUAUGAACUUCCGAUAAUUCUGAUGCCAGACAUGAAAGAUUGA